CUUUAAAUUUCAAGUUUGAUCAUUCCAUGGCUAUUCGCGUGAUGUUCUUGUUGGGUAUUCUGAUAGUCUUACCAUUUCCUUCUCAUUCUGCUGAUCCUGAUCCCCUGCAGGAUUUCUGCGUGGGAAUUCUGAACGAUACAUCAACAUCUCUUAACGGCUUUCCUUGCAAGCCUGCUUCCCAAGUUACUUCAGAUGACUUCUUCUUUGAUGGCCUAACCAUAGAGGGAAACACUGAAAAUGCAUUUGGAUUCAGUGCAACCGUGGGAAACGUUCUUGCUUUCCCAGGGUUAAACACACUAGGUCUCUCGAUGAAUCGAGUUGACUUUGCCCCAGGAGGGCUAAAUCCACCUCAUUCACACCCUCGUGCAACUGAGUCUGGAGUAGUCAUUAAAGGGAAACUCUACGUUGGAUUCCUAACAACGAAGAACGUGUUAUAUUCCAAAGUAUUGACUGCAGGGGAAAUGUUCGUGAUACCCCGAGGACUAGUGCAUUUCCAAAUGAAUGUUGGAAAGGAGAAGGCAAUGACAAUCACAGCUUUUAACAGUCAUUUGCCAGGAGCAGUGGUUCUACCAACUACACUAUUUACUUCAAAGCCACCAAUUCCUGAUGAGGUGUUGACUAAGGCCUUCAAAAUUGAUGCAAGUGUUAUUGAUGGUAUAAAAGCAAAACUUGGUGCCAUAAACUAUUAACAAUUGUAUAAAA